UCUGGGGGCCAUACUUAUUAUUUUUUGCAACGAAUGAUAUUUUCAGGAUGAACUUUUUAUAUGAACUAAAAAGAAAACAGGGCAGGGAUCUGGGGGCCGCCCCAGAAGCUCUUGAUAGAAUGGUGUAUUAUCAUCAUAUUGUUGAAGUUUCAGGAUCACAUUUCCCCUCCUUUAAAGUGUUUAUGUCCAUACAAACUUCCAAAAAUGCAGAGUUUUCAGAUUACAUAGAACACACAAUAUCUGCCUAUGUAUAUAUAUUAAAAAAAAUUGCCAAGAAGGAGGAGGAGGACGAGAAAUUUAAUAAGAAACAAUAUACCUGUCCGGAUUUCUCUGCCGGUACUUACUUCAAUUUUACACUACUGUGUUAAUCUUCCGGGUGACACGAACAGCAAAAUGACGAAUGCUUAUUCGUUUGAGGGUAUCAUUAUCUUUGGACUUCUGGUGGUUUGUACUUGUGCGUACAUGAGACGAGUGCCCAGACUUAAGCAAUGGUUUCUUUCCGAAAAGAAAGGCCUGAUGGGAGUACUCUACAAAGCUUCUGUGAUAGGAACUCGACUUCACAUUCCUGUGGCUGUAGUAUGUACUUUGAUGGCUGUGUAUGUUCUCAUACUGAGGUGAUAGACUACUGAAAAAAGUUAAUUUAUUGAUAUUUGUACAUACGUAAGGAGUAACAUAAAGACUACAAAAGUGCUAACCGUGACUAGUCCUGGUGACACAGGUGAGGAUGAAUAAACUGCAGUUGUAGAAUGAUGAGAAAACAAACCUUUUGCAGUUGUCUCCCCUUAGACUUUGCACAGACAAGAGAUGAUAAAUAUGGAGAAAAAAAAAUUUGUUGAAAAGUUUUGUAUUGUUCUAUAUGCACUACACAUGAACUUGGUGCUGCAUUAUUGAUACAGGUUCCAGUUGUGUACUGUUAUCAUUACACCCAAUGAUAUAGUAGUAGACAAUACAUGUACAUGAGCAUGAAAUGUACAGUUUUUGAAAGCUGAGUCAUGAGUGCUUGAAUCAGAAAAAUGUUAAGGUUAAAAAACAAAUAUUUCUGUGAUAUGUGUUGUGUGAAGAGUUGAAGACUUUUUAAAAGCAAUUAACUGUUAUAUGAUUCAUUGAUAAAUGAAACACUAUCAGAUAACGGGCAUCCAUAUGCUGUAAAUAGUGUAUUGUUUUCCUUGGGGAAAUAUUUUGUACAAUAUUUAUCAGGUUAAUUUUUUCAUGAGGGAUUAUUUUUACUUGAAAUGUAAUUCAUAAACUCAUUAUCACUCUUGUACAUGUACAUCCAUGGCCAUGUUGUGUCAUGAAGUACAGUGCCAUUAGCGUGGAUAAGGAUAUUAUGUCCAUGAAGUCACGAUUCUGUUUAUUAUGGUUUUCCUGUAACAUUUUGGGAUCAUAGUAAAUUAAGGUUACUCCUUCAGAGGAUCUGUUUCGGAGUUAUCUAGCCUAUAAAUUCUUACAUAUUUUGAUAGAAAUUCAUGUGUCCUCAUUUUAGAAAAGCAGUUGGUUUGCUGGGUUUUUUCCCUCAUUAACAGACAGACUCAUUUUGAGGCAUGAUAGUGUUUUUGAAGUAGCUGGUGGCUACCACACUGAAAAACCUAUGGGAAGCCUGUCAAACGCUAUCCGGAGCAAUUAGGGUAAAGUGUGUUGUUCAGGACAUAACCAUGGCAGCUCUGGACAGUUUGUGAUCCCAGCUAAACACAAAUAACUAGAACACCUCUCCUCAGAUCUCCAUUGGGGUUUUAUUGUCCAAUUCUCUAUUUGCCACCUGUUUUAAGUGAUUAAAAUAUUUUACAUAUUUUCAAAGUUGCAUAAUGUGAAACUCCUUUGGAAACUAAAUGACAAGAUGAUGUAUAUGUUUAACAAGAAUUCUGUUUGAAAUAUCAUUGUGAUAAGAGUUAGAAUGGUAAUCAUAAAAGUUUGUUUUAUUUCCUUGUGUUGGAGGUAAUGGAGAAACAAUUAUGCCACACAAUUUGUAAAUUUGAAUGUUGUUUAUUACAUUGAUGUAGUUUUCUGACCAUGUUGAAUUUUACUAAGUAGAUUUAUCAUGAAAUGGUAUCAAUGUUGUACAUAAUUUAUAAUGAAAAGUCAAAUAUAUCAAUUUAUUAUUAGAAUGGAAGAUGUGUAUUUGUGGAAUGGAGUGUGUUAUCAAUAAAAUGGCAAUGUUACCAUUGUUUCAACUUUCAAUAUAUUCAUUUAAUACUUUUAAUCUCAUCAAUGUCAGAAAAUAAAUAAUGUACCUUACAGAAGAAUGUGUUUUAAAGUGCUUCAGUGCAAGUUUUAUUUUCUGACGGAAAAUAUUUAACAAUUUUGUCAUUUUGAGACCAAAAUUUGUGUUUGAGAAAUGAAGAUACAUUUAAAAUCCAAAACCAAUGACAACUGUUCUGUAAAAGAGUAACACCUAUAAUGUUUUGACCUGAGACUAUACAUUUACUUUUUCAUGGUUUAUUCGACUUUUUAGAAAUAUUGCUUGCAUUUGUUUUUUACAAUUAAAAGUGAAUUCAUGGUCAAUUUUUGAGAUUGUAAACUGAAAAAUUUCAAAGCAAUCUUAUAAUUCUUUACUAGCAAACGCUUUAUAAAUAUCUCUUGUCUCAGCCCUGGCAAUACUAAACAUUAAAAAUUCCUUUAUGCGCUGCUUUCUGAUAGUUUGCUUAUGUAUAUAGAUUAAUCAAAGUGAUGCACAAUAGUAAUGCUUCCCUUCAUCAUAUACAUGUGUUUGUCACUUUUUUUUGUAUUUAUUCUUGUUUCUCCUUCAUUAAUAUCCCUGCUCCAAGGGGUAUACCAUUUAAGUAUAUUUGCUAUGCAACUAGAUGAAUGAGAUCAGAUUACAGUCAUAUAUAUUGAAUGUUUCAACAAUGACUGUCCCUGAGGGACUUAUACAGAUGGGUUUGUAAUCAAAUGAAGGGUUCACUUGAAUAAAUGAAAAUCACAAACGAAAAUGAAAAAUAAAAAAAUAUAUGGUAACAAG